CUGACCGAGGGCCUGUAAGACCCUCCAGUAACUGUAUUGCAGAACUUAGAACGGCCAUCAGCAUCCCAUGGUACGCUGGACCAAGGCCCUGGCAAGGCGCACACAAGACAACUCCGGAGCUCCGUGAACCAACCCGGGAUACCCAGAGGGAAUUUGGGAAAGUUGCAAGCAAAACAUCAUUUCUCAAAGAAGAUUUUGGGUAACAGAAGUUCUGCAUAACAGGACAAACCAAGUUUAUCACCAUGAGUUGGAGCUUCCUGACUCGCCUGCUAGAGGAGAUUCACAACCAUUCCACAUUUGUAGGGAAGAUCUGGCUCACUGUAUUGAUUGUGUUUCGGAUUGUCCUAACAGCUGUAGGAGGAGAGUCCAUCUAUUAUGAUGAGCAAAGCAAAUUUGUGUGCAACACAGAACAGCCAGGCUGUGAGAAUGUCUGCUAUGAUGCCUUUGCACCACUCUCCCAUGUGCGGUUCUGGGUGUUCCAGAUCAUUCUGGUGGCCACUCCCUCGGUGAUGUACCUGGGCUACGCUAUUCAUAAGAUUGCCAAAAUGGAGCAUGGUGAGGCGGACAAGAAGGCGGCUCGGAGCAAACCCUAUGCUAUGCGUUGGAAACAGCACCGGGCCCUGGAAGAAACAGAAGAGGACCAUGAAGAGGAUCCCAUGAUGUAUCCAGAAAUGGAAUUAGAAAGUGAAAAAGAAAAUAAAGAGCAGAGCCAACCGAAACCCAAGCAUGAUGGCCGACGACGGAUUCGGGAGGAUGGGCUCAUGAAAAUCUAUGUACUACAGUUGCUGGCAAGGACCGUGUUUGAGGUGGGUUUUCUGAUAGGGCAAUAUUUCCUGUAUGGCUUCCAAGUCCAUCCAUUUUAUGUGUGCAGCAGACUUCCUUGCCCUCAUAAAAUAGACUGCUUUAUUUCUAGACCCACUGAAAAGACCAUCUUCCUUCUGAUAAUGUAUGGUGUUACAGGCCUCUGCCUAUUGCUUAACAUUUGGGAAAUGCUUCAUUUAGGGUUUGGGACCAUUCGAGACUCACUAAACAGUAAAAGAAGGGAACUUGAAGAUCCGGGUGCUUAUAAUUAUCCUUUCACUUGGAAUACACCAUCUGCUCCCCCUGGCUAUAACAUUGCUGUCAAACCAGAUCAAAUCCAGUACACCGAAUUGUCCAAUGCUAAGAUCGCCUAUAAGCAAAACAAAGCCAACAUCGCCCAGGAGCAGCAGUAUGGCAGCCACGAGGAGCACCUCCCAGCUGAUCUGGAGACUCUGCAGCGGGAGAUCAGAAUGGCUCAGGAACGCUUGGAUCUAGCAAUCCAGGCUUAUAAUCACCAAAACAACCCCCAUGGUCCUCGCGAAAAAAAGGCCAAAGUGGGGUCCAAAGCUGGGUCCAACAAAAGCAGUGCUAGUAGCAAAUCAGGGGAUGGGAAGACCUCCGUCUGGAUUUAAUCUUUGCUGGGCUUAAAACUUGGGCUUUUCAUAGUUUAUGGUAAGCAACGGCUCACUGAAUAAUGACUUCCAUUGAGUAAACAUUUGGCUCUGGUUAUCUUCAGGGAUGCUGUUGGCUCAUGAUCCAAACUCAGGGGACUCUGAAGGUGGGGCUGGGAUGAGUGGGGAAAGGGAAACACAGUGUUCCAGGGCACAUGUUCUCAGCAAUAAUACAGUUGCAGAACUUUGCAUUUGUGUCUUCCAGAUCCAGAGAAGAACAGAUAUAUUUAAAUCAUUCUUGUUGAACAGUUUUUGUAUGUACAGUAUUAUGGUACAUUUUUUUCUUUUUUUUUUUUUUUUUAGUAUGAGAACUUUUUUGUAUUUGUACAUUGAACUGCUGUAGUUAUACUUUUUUAUAUUAAAGGAAAAAAAAUCCUUGUAAGUAAUGCCUAUUAGGCUAGUGUUAUUACUUUGUUUAGCAAAAUCUACCCUGGGUUUAGAGUUUUAAUAGAUGCUACAUUCAAUACAAGUGCCUCUCAUGUUGCAGGGAACAUUUCAAUGGAGACUGAGGAGGAGAUACCAGUUUUCUGUCUUAGAAAGGAAGACUACAUUAGAAAGAGAUUGAGAUCUUCUCUCUUCUACCUGAGAAAUCUGGGAAUCUCAACUUUUAUAACCAGAGCUGUAGCCAUUCUUUGAAAACAUGUUUCCAAAGGAAGUAAAUAAUUAGCUGCAGGAUUUCUUCAAAUUCCAAGCAUUGCCAAUAUGUGCUUUGAUGUUAUAUACAUAAGUUCUUUCAAAAGACUGAUAUGCAGUGGUGUCCCCCAUCUAGUAGCUACAUUCAGUAUAAGUGCCCAGGGGCAGUAUGAAGCGCCUGGCUAGAUUUUGGUGCUAAGCUGCUUGUCUCAGAGAGCUCAGUUGCGCCUGGGAAAUGAGGCCUAAUAGGAUAUUUAGCUGUGAACCCUUUUGAUUGGCUUUAAGCCUCAAUCCAGAAAUCUGCCCAUCUCUCUGGUUUCUUAAGCCAAUAAUGAAUAUUUUCCAUACUUGUUAACAUUAGAAAUAUAAAAAUUCCCUUAUAGACUAAGAAUAUUCAAAACUUCCUAUACUGCAAAUGGCAGAAGGCUUAAAUCCAGAUUUUUAAAUUUCUUUUUAUAAUGGAAUUUAUGAUUGACUUAUUUCUGCCAAUGUAGGUAUCUGCCUAAGUGGCCAUUCUCACUUGGGAUUUAUCUGUAA